UCACCCUCAUCCCCCCGCUCGCCACGCUUGGCACGGCGAGCACAGGGAGGGUGACGCAUGCGUGACACGUGUGUGGGCGCGUCCACCGAGGAGAUGGAGCGGUGAGAUCAAUCGGUGCGAGGGUGCUGCGUGGAUCGUCGUCGUCAUCAUCGUCGCAUCGCGGCAGGGCGAGACAUGGCGACGGCGGCUUGCGGAGGAAUCCCUCCAGCGGUGGCUUGUCACUGGCUGAUUAAUUAAUCACGUCAUUGGCAUCCUUCGGCAAAUGACGCCGCGUUCAUCGCCACCACCUCCACGCUCAACCCCAGCUGCUCCGGCACACAGCACGGGCGUGCAGACGCGGGGCAGCGCACCCACGCACUCAUCUCACUCCUAGAACUCGCGAUGUACAUCUCCUGGUACAUCCCAUCAAGCACCUGAUAAUCUCAUAAUCCCUGAUACAUCUUAGACAUUUCCCUGGUGCUUCUCGCGAUACAUCUCCUGGUCUGAUCGAUCCCAUUCUCUCUCUGAUACAGCUGAUGCAUCACCCUGGGGCGUCUCCGGAUACGUCUGAUCUCGUAAUAAUCUCCCCGAUACAUUUCGUGAUACAACCUCCCGGCGAAUACCCUGAUGCAGCUGAUACGUAUCCCUGGUACAUGUCGUGGUGCAUCUCCUGACACAUCCCCUCAUAAUCUCCUGAUACAUCCAAUAGUCUCCAUCUCUCUGAUGCAGCUGAUGAAUCUUCACGAUCCGUGCCCUGCGAUAUCUCCCUGAUACAUCUCUGGAUACGUCUCGUUCCGGCUGGGGCCAUGGCGAGCCGCGUGGCGCUCUCCGUGCUCUCUCUGCUGCCCGUGGUGUGCGGGGCAAGGAGGGCGGCACGGCGAGACCAGGUGAAGCAGGCAGCGUGCGCGGUCGAGGAACCUGCGCACGGGUGGCUCGCAGCACGUGCGCCUCUGUGCAGCGGCGUGGCCCUGCUCGCCCUGCACUUUCUCUACCGGAUGUGUCCUCACGACGUGCUGUCGGAGAUGCUGGCUGUGUACUCCCUCGUUCUGGGCACUGUGGCCCUCCUGUACUCCAUACGGCCGACUGCACUCGCGAUGCUUCCCGAAGGGUUCCCCAAUACGUGGUACCAGGUGACGCUUAACCAAGGCUUAGGGACGGCAAGGAGAGAGAUAUGGAGCAUGAGGUUUGACCGGAGAGACCUGCUGAGCUUGGCAGCGAGCCUGUCUGUGGGCCUGUGCUACUUCGUCACCAAGCACUGGGCCGCGGGCGAUGUCCUGGCUGUGUCCCUGGCGCUGCGCGGGGUGGAGUUGCUGCCGCUGUGCUCCAUCCCUGCGGCGUGCCUACUCUUCGCAUGUCUCUGUCUACAUGACAUCACGUGGCUGAAAGGAAUCGUCAAACGAGGCGAGACUGAACAACCACUUCACAAAAUCAUGCUCAAGUGUCAGGAACUGAGUGGACUUGAAGGGAACAUUCCGAUCGCCCUGGUUUUCCCCAAAGCAUUAUUUGGAGAUGGCGUGGACGUGUCGCCGUUCGUGGUAGUGCCACUGGACACUGUCGUCAUUCCGGGGAUAUUCAUAGCAUUUUUGCUGAAAUUUGACAUAAGCAUUGAGAGGAAUAGUCGCGUUUACUUCUACACGGGACUCACAUCAUAUGCUGCGGGACUCUGUCUCACGGCGGUGUUGGAACAGUAUGCUCUGCCAAUGUUUCCUUAUCUGGCUCCAGUCUACCUUGGGCUGCCACUGCUGGUGGCCGCGUACAGGGCGGAGCUCACGGAAAUGUUCUGCUUUGUGUCGGCGGUGGAGCGGUCUCCCCACACUCCGCAGGCGAGCGAGCUGCCUUUAAUGCCUGGCUACCCAGCAGCACUUGGGGCCUUCAUGAGCUGCAAACCCAGGCUCUAUCACAUAGCAGACCCUAGCUCGGUGUGAUCUUUCACCUCCACCCUAUUGUCGUUUGAACGGUGGGAUCCUGCCAUACAUCUUUCCGUGGAUCAUUCUUAUUAUUUUAACAUGGAUUCAUGAGCUCAAUAUGCUGUCUCAGUGUAAUGGUCAGCACGCUAGGGAUCACCACUUGGAUUAGUUCUCGCAGCGCGACAUCCAAAACAAAGGUCAAGUUUAUAAAUCCCCUCCCCCCGCCCGCCUCUGGCCACCCAGCAGUAGUGUGUAGCCCCUAUGAUGCGAGAUGAGUUGCCCAAAGCCAUUUCACCGAUACCCCAGCGGCCUAUUCAGUGCUACGAGGCCAGCAUCAGCGGGCGGGUUGUGGGUUCCUGCUGUGGGUGGAGUGGCGAGUCUGGGCUGGGGAACUGAACAAGUUACUGGGGCAUUUCAGUGGUGAAAUGGCCUUGGGCCACUCAUCUUGCUGUGGAUGGAACAGCGUGUCUGGGAUGUUGUCAGGAAAAAAUCUCAGGGGCACGUGUUGGUUUUGUUGUGACAAAGAUGUUAAACACAUUGCCAAUGUCGCUUGGAAUGUAGACUUAACAUUUUAACAAUUAUAAUCAUCUUUCCUUAACUAUACUCUUUAAUUUCAUUUGUUUAGUGAAGUCUAUAAGCCGUAAUGUUUUGCCUGUUCUGACAUUCGCCAAAAUAUGGUUGGAAAAAGAGGACAGCAUGCACAUUAAUCGCAGGAAGAUGACGCGUGGACUGGCAGGGAUUAAAGGUCUCGUGAUUGGUGGUCUAAACGUCUGGAGAUGGAAUCACUGUGCGGUUGGAAAAGCCUCUUCUUGGUGAGAUCUUUCCCUGCCCAUGACUGUGUAGAUGUUAACAGUCGGUCCACGUGAAAAUGUGGAAGCAGUGGUGGGGUCGUGCGGUGGUGCCGGGUGGUGGGGGAGGUGCCUCCCGGCCCGAGAGGGCCGAGUGCCUGCGGCGAGUUUGAGUCGAAUGCGAUUAAAAUGGUGUGGGCAGAGAUAGAAGAAUAUUGAAGGCAACAUCCUGUGGUAGUUAGCACAGGCGAAAUGCGAGUUAUUAAAAAAGGACACUUCGUGAAAGUUCAGUAUUGGCCUGGAAGUUGAAUAGCAAUGCAUCACUGCUUAGUGAGUUUAUCGUUCUGCAGAUGUCAAUGCCGGGAAUAGAUUUGUUUAUAAAGUGCAAUGUUAAUUUCAUUGUACAAGUAUAUCUAUGCGUGUGCAUUUAGAUGGAAAAUAGUGCAUAUACAUUAAAUGGUGUUUUGAUGAAUGGUCUCUUGUUAUGGCGAGCCCGUGUGUGUAUUACCUGUAAAUAUAAUGGAUAAACACUUUCCUUUCUUUUUACU